AUGUGCUACAGAAAGAGCCCCAAGGAAGAGCCCCAGGAAGAGCCCCCAGGAAGAGCCACAAGGAGAGCCCAAGAAGAGCCCCAAGGAAGAGCCCCCAGGAAGAGCCCCCAGGAAGAGCCACAAGGAGAGCCCAAGAAGAGCCCCAAGAAGUGCCCCAGGAUGAAGAGCCCCAAGGAAGAGCCCCAAGGAAGAGCCCCAAGGAAGAGCCACAAGGAAGAGCCCCAAGAAAGAGCCCCAAGGAAGAGCCACAAGGAAGAGCCCCAAGGAAAAGCCCCAAGGAAGAGCCCCAAGGAAGAGCCAAGGAAGAGCCCCAAGGAAGAGCCCCAAGGAAGCGCCCCUGGAAGAGCCCCAAGGAAGAGCUCCAAGGAAGAGCCCCAAGGAAGAGCCCCAGGAACUGCCCAGGAACUGCCCCCCUGCCCUGGAACCAUCUUAGGUGGCCUGGAGCAGGAUAGGGACAGCUUCCUUUUUGAGAAGAGCCCCAAAGGAGGAGCCCCAGGAAGAGCCCCAAGUAGAGCCUCCAGGAAGAGCCCCAAGGAAGAGCCUGAGGAAGAGUCCGAGGAGCCCCCGAGUAGUGCCCCCAGGAAGACCCCCCUGCCCUCGGAAACAUCUGAGGUGGCCUGA